AUGUGGCGAACCGCGCUACGUUUAUUCCUAAUUUCCGCUACAACUUUUGCUAGUCUAGAGGACGGUACUCAAUCCGAUCCGGAGGGGCUACUCGUGAGUGCGGUGUCUCAAAUGAUCACCCGCUACGGUCCGAUCACACGUGAUCGAUUCCGAUCGCCGCUGUUGGUGGAUAGCUUUGCGCUGGAUCGUCGGACCCGUCAACGGCAGCAAGAUUUUCUGGAUGCGGUUCUUCGCAGUAUCGGGAAAGAAUUUCCGGUUCAGUUUCACUGUACCGGGUUGAGAUCGCACAGGCCCGAACGGCCCGUACUGCAUAGUUUGAUUCUGAUCGACGGACGCCAUUCAUUUCAGAAGUUUUUCGGGGAUAUAGAUAACCACUACGACACGUCCGGUAUCUUCUGGGUUGUUCUGUAUGGUGCUAGCAGCUCUCGGACUGAUAGCGAUCGAUACGAACUGGUCCGGAAUAUACUGGAAAGCCUCUGGCGGAAGCAGAUUCUGUAUGUGUUUAUCUUUCUUUUCAACGAAGAGGACAGUGUGCAGCUGUAUUCCUUCUUUCCUUAUGGUGAGAAUGUUUGUGGUUUUGUUGAACCUGUACUUUUGGACUGGCAGAAAGAUAGAUUGUUCCGAUCGCGGCUGCAGCAGUUCUAUGGAUGUCCGCUGCGUGUUGGAACUUUUGAAAAUCGACCGUUUAUCAUUAUCACCAACGAUUCUCAGGGACAUCGCUCUCUCAGUGGCUUCGAAGGAAAUCUGGUCAAUGUAAUAUCGAGGCAGUUAAACUUUUCGAUGACGGUGGUGACGCCUCCAAAUAACGACCAGUUUGGCUACAUUGGAGGAUAUGGUAACAACACAGGUCUUAUGAAGCUGCUGGUGGAUGGGUCUGUGGACUUCGGGGUAGGUUCUCUAGGGUUAAGAACAGACAGGAUGGCACUAUUGUCGCCGGGAGAAUUCCAUUAUACUACGGAUAUGGUGUUUGCUGUCCCCUCCGGGAGGCCGCUUACAGCCUUUGAAAAACUUUUUCUGCCACUAUCUACGGAGACGUGGUACGUAGCUUGUGCAUUUUUCGUGUGUGCACUAAUCACCAUCGCAAUCGUGAACGUGCAGCGUCGAAAAGUGCGAGAGUUCGUUGUUGGACGUUCUAUCCGUGCGCCAGCGCUAAAUUUUAUCAAUGUUCUUUUCGGUGGUCCGUUGGAGAAGUGCCCGGGAAGAAAUUUUGCCCGGACCUUGUUGAUGCUGUGGAUGCUGCAUACACUAGUUAUGCGAGCUGUGUAUCAGGGCUCGCUGUACAAAUAUCUGCAAGCUCCGAGGAACUAUUCCAGUCCUACAACCAUCGCUGCCGUUCAGCGUGAAAGUCUCUAUUUCUACAUGAUGGAUAUAGAUUCGCAGUACUUUGUGAAUCACCCAGAAAUUAUUGACAGAGUUCGAUAUUACUCACACCACUACUCGGCGAUCGUCGAGAAAAUGGAGCAGCUCGCGAGGGGCGACCUGGACGGUGCUCUACUGGUACUUGAGGAGGAAGUGGCCUACCACAACCGGUUCCAUUCUCCGGGGAACUCAAUACAAAUCACACGCGAAGUCGUAUGCGCUGUUCCUAUCGUGUUGUACUACCCAAAGCAUUCUCUAUUGAGGCGAAUUUUCGACCAGGAAAUCAGAAAGCUCCGAACGACCGGAUUGCUAGAGCUGUAA